ACCCCAGAUCUCCCCCAUUUCUCCUCCUCCUCCUCUUCCACUCCGCGGAGAGCAGCGAGCGAGCGAGGCGAUGGCGGAGGAGGGCGGCGCGAGCCCCAAGCCGGAGACGCUCAUGGAGAAGAUCGCCGACAAGCUCCACGUCGGCGGCGGGGACGGCGGCUCGUCGUCGGACUCCGACGCGGACGAGCGGAAGCAGCCGCGGCCGUCGGCGCCGCCGGCCCCGGCGGAGUCGUUCGCGGGCUCCGCCGCGGCGGCGGCCGCCGAGGCCAAGGCCAGGGUGUUCCGCCUCUUCGGCCGCGAGGAGCCGAUCCACAAGGUCCUCGGAGGAGGCAAACCCGCUGAUGUGUUCCUAUGGAGGAACAGAAACAUCUCUGCUGGAGUACUAGGCGGUGCCACUGCGAUCUGGAUCCUUUUUGAAUUGCUUGGCUACCAUCUCUUGACUUUUGUUUGCCACGGGCUCAUAUUCUCUUUGGGUCUUCUCUUUCUCUGGUCUAAUGCCUCAUCGUUUAUUAACAAGUCUUCCCCACGGAUCCCCGAAGUGGUUAUCCCUGAAGAUUUGGUUGUCAACAUUGCACUGUCUACACGUUAUGAGAUCAACAGGGCCUUUGCUAAUCUUCGGCAGAUUGCUCUUGGUCGCGACAUCAAGAAGUUCCUUAUUGUGAUUGCUGGCCUUUGGUUGCUUUCUGUUCUUGGGAGCUGCUGCAACUUCUUGACCUUGCUUUAUAUUGUUUUUGUGGUGCUGCACACAGUCCCAAUUCUGUAUGAGAAGUAUGAAGAUCAGAUCGACUCCUAUGGUGAGAAGGGGUGGGUUGAGAUUAAGAAACAGUAUGCCGUAUUUGAUGCUAAGGUUCUGAGUAAAGUACCAAGGGGCCCCUUGAAAGACAAGAAGCACUAGACAGAGGUGAUGCAAUGCCUCUUGGCAGGCGAUGAUAGUGGUUGGCUUGUUGUUCUUGAGAUGCAUUGUGACUGUUCUUGUGGUAUGAACACCGUUGUCACCUAUCGCCUUGUGUUGUGUAUGGCUCCUUUGUUGUCUAAUCUUGAUGAGAAUAGCCAAGUAGCUUGCCCUACAACUGUGUGCAGCUGCAGCCCAUGUUUUGCUCCAUCUCUGUUUGAUUUUGAUCUGUAAGAUGUCGCAUGCAUAUUGUUUAUGCGAUAUUGUUUUGCUACUUAGAUUGCUGCAUUUUGGAAUUUGGUGAUAUUUAUGAACCAAUGUUGAGACUAGACGUCAUCUACCCAUCAUUUUUGUUGACAUUGUUGUUGAUAUUUAUGAUUGUGCUA